CAGGAGGGAAAGAGUUAAGCCGCUGUUGCCGAUGCUCAAUCCGUCCCUCUGGGCUGGGGCUGUGCUGAGGGAGGAUACUUGAGGGGAUGCAACAGAUCUCAAACCCAACAAACUGCCAUCGACUCAUCCUUCUCCUCCAACACUGAACCAUGGAGGAGUUUUAUUACGCAGGUUGAAGACGAUCUUGGUGAUCUCGAUCAGUGCAUUUCUUAAAACUUGGACACGUCCUUUACGUAUUUUAGAGACAAUGCACAUGCAGGCGGUGCUCUUGAAUAACAGGUGGUUUGUCAUGUCUUCGAGGCCUUAGCGACUGUGAUGCCGCACUCAUGACACCGGUGCCGAUGACGGCAAGUCCUUCUCCUAGUUCCACUUGUCUUGUGAUGCUGUAAUAAUCAGAUAAGGGAGUGACCGGCGGCUCGCCUCUCCAUCCAAAUCUAUGAUCAGCUCAGUGUGUGUUUCGUCUUACCGCGGGCGCAAGUCGGGCAACAAACCUCCGUCCAAAUCAUGUCUGAAGGAAGAGAUGGCCAGAGCCGAAGACUCGGACAAGAUCAUCCUGAACGUGGGCGGCACGCGCCACGAGACAUACAAGAGCACGCUUAGGAGUAUCCCAGGCACGCGCCUGGCCUGGCUAGCCGAACCGGAAGCGCAGCUGAACACCAACUCGGAAACGGGACAAACGCUCGCCACCAACGAGUACUUCUUCGACAGGCACCCGGGCAUCUUCGCCUACGUGCUGAACUAUUACCGAACUGGGAAGCUUCACUGCCCGGCGGACGUGUGCGGCCCGCUGUUCGAGGAGGAACUCGCCUUCUGGGGCAUCGAUGAGACAGAUGUUGAGCCAUGCUGCUGGAUGACUUACCGGCAGCACCGCGACGCUGAGGAGGCGCUGGAUAUCUUUGAACCGCCCGAUCCUGAGGACGUCGACGACGACCGGGACAUACCGCGGCGCUUCGGGAUCGAGGACUGUCCCGAGCGCUCCAGGGGAUGCUUUGAAGUUUGGCAACCCAAAAUCUGGGCACUCUUCGAGGACCCGUACUCAUCCCGCGCCGCCAGGAUCAUUGCCUUCGUCUCUCUCUUUUUCAUCUUGGUGUCUAUCACUAACUUCUGCCUUGAGACCCAUGAGGCCUUCAAUGAACUCCAGAACCGUACCAAAGUGAUUUUGGAUGGCAACACUACCAAAGUGGUGUACACUCUGGAGGUGGUGACGAAUCCUGCGCUCACACUGGUGGAGGGCAUCUGUGUGGUGUGGUUUACAUUUGAGUUCCUGGUGCGCAUCAUCUGCUGUCCCGACAAGCUGCUCUUCAUAAAGAAUUUGCUGAAUAUCAUUGACUUUGUGGCCAUUCUGCCCUUCUACUUGGAGAUUAGUUUGAGCGGGCUCUCCUCCAAAGCCGCCACAGAUGUGCUUGGAUUCUUGCGAGUGGUGCGUUUUGUGCGGAUCCUGCGGAUCUUCAAGCUGACCCGUCACUUUGUAGGGCUGAGAGUGCUUGGCCACACACUGCGUGCCAGUGUUAAUGAAUUCUGCCUCCUCAUCAUCUUUCUUGCUCUUGGUGUCCUCAUCUUUGCUACAAUGAUCUACUACGCAGAGCGCAUUGGUGGAGACUCUGAGGAUCCAUACACGAACAGUCACACCCAUUUCAAGAACAUUCCGAUCAGCUUCUGGUGGGCUGUGGUCACCAUGACCACGUUAGGUUAUGGGGACAUGUAUCCUCAGACCUGGCUAGGCAUGAUGGUUGGUGCUCUGUGUGCAUUAGCAGGAGUUCUAACCAUUGCCAUGCCAGUCCCUGUUAUUGUGAACAAUUUUGGGAUGUACUACUCCCUGGCCAUGGCGAAGCAAAAACUGCCUAAGAAGAGGAAGCGCCACCACCGAAACCCAGACACAGUGCUGGACUCAGCCUCAUUUGGAAAAUCUGAGAGCAACUCGCACAGAAAUAGCACCCAAAGUGACACAUGCCCUCUUGCACCUGAGGAAAACAUUUCAAGGAACCGUUCAGACUCAAAGCAGAAUGGCGAUGCUAAUGUAGCUCUAUCAGAGGACGAGCCGCUCUCUCCCAGUGAGAGGUGGUCCCUCUGUCGCUCACACAAACGAGACAAGUGCAAGAAAGAGGGUACCUCCUUCCUCCUAACUUCUGGAGACUUUUCCUGCAGCACUGAUCCCACUAUGUGUACAGAGAGCUGCAAAGACGCCCUUACAGCCACUGCUAGCUACGGCCAGCCAGAAGUGACUACGAUGACAUGAAGUGACAUGAUUAGAUGAACAGGAGAGAUCCUAUCCGUCAGACAUCCUAUCCAUUUGUGUGCGUUGGACUUGCAGAGUCUUUCAUCCAGCAGUCCCACCCGUAUACACAACACAAGUCCCCUUUCUCUAAAGUACAACACAUUUGUCUGCAUCUCAGCAUGUCUUUGCAUGACCUCACUCUGUACGGCGUACCUUGACAGGUGUACUUAAUAUUUUGGGCACAUCCUAAUUGUAUGUACUGUAUGAUGUUUUAAAGUCACUUUAUCAAUAACUUUUGUUAAAAAUGAGAAAUCUUUAUUCUCAUGCAAGCAAUAUUUUCUUUGAUCUGCAGACAUUUUGAAAACGUCACAUAUUUGUGCGCAGCAACAUGUUGAGGUGUGGGAUGUAUAACAUCAAUGUCAUAUUUUCAAAAAUGGCAUAGUAUAAUCAAUAGUCUCAUAAUGCAGGGGUUCAGGAGCCUGUGUUGGGCAAAUACUUCAUGAAGUCUUUGUAUUGAACAGGUGUAGCUCUAUAAAUUAUCAACCUCCUUGUGAUACAAAUUGGGAGGUUGGAUUUGUUUUGACUAAAGAAUAACAUUUGGAACAGGUCUGUAUCUGAUUAGCAUUAUGCCAGAGCUUUGUUGUAGUGACAGCAAAGGACCCUGUAACUAAAGAAGGUGCCAUCAGAGGCCUUUUGUCUCUGGGAAAAUUUAUAGUAAGUUGCUUUGAGUGGCCAUUUUCAAGUUAUUUUGAUUCGACAUUUCUUCUCCUUUUAUAAUAUGGAUUAUUAUAUUUUGGAUUAUUAUUGAUUAUAAUAUGGAUUAAAUAAAAUGCACCUUUAUUUAAUAAAUGUAUCAUUUUUAUGGAUAUCAAUUAAACGUCCAACAUCCAAACAUUUCAUCACUUCAUUAUCUAUGUCCAUUUGUAAUGUCACUGGUUGAAAGUGGACCAAGCAGCAUUACAGUGUGUAUGUACAUCCUUAGUGGACAACCUAAACCUCCUUUACUAUAUAUGUGCUAUAUUCUGUUCCCGCUGUGCCUAUUGUCAUGUAAUGGAGGGGGAAAAAAUCAUAUUCUGACACAUGGAAAGAAGUAUAUAAAGUAUAGUCUUUAAAAUAGAUAAAAGAAUACUUUUAGUCUUUUUUUCUUAUUAGUCUGCCAUAGCUGCCUUAUGUUUAUGAACCAAACAAAUGUUCGUUUUAUUUUAACAUACAACCCCACAUUUAAAUUACAAAAAUACUGUUUGUAAAUAAAAGCACACUUGUAUGUAGCACAGUAUGUUAGACCAUUGCGUAUAUUAUAGCAUAUUAUUAGCAUAACCAUGCCACAAAUACAUUAUAUCAUAUUAGGGUAACUAUGUAUAAAACAUAAACAGAGAUUAUUUUUUCUAUUGUAUUUAUGUUUUGGCUGCCUCCCCCAGUCACCUGUGUGUGUUCCGGGGAAAUGGCUGCUCGUAUGGAAUUGUAUGGUACCGUGCAGUAACUCUUAAUAAAACUGUAUAAUGUGUCUUGGUGAUGCUGUUAACAUUUGGUAUCAUGUAGUCAUGUUUCUAUGCACCUCUGCUGGAAUACGAUUCAAUAAAAUAUUCCCUAAUCCACAAA